UUUCCCUAGAUUCAUCGAAUUGAUAUUUUGCCAUAAGGACCAUUCCUGUUAUAUAUAUGCAUAUGAAAUUCACUCUCUCCAACUUAUAACCCACCACCUAAAUAGAGUGAAUGCACCUUACAUAAAGUAAAGGCUCUAAGUUGCUACUUUUUCGAUUGAUUGUUCCCAUUACACUCUCAAUUAAAAAAAAUUGUGGUCAUGUCUUCUUCAUGUCCUAGUUCACAUGUAAGAUUUUCAGUCGAGUAUCGACCAAAAUUGCUUAAAGAUUUCCUCCAAGACGAUUCCCCUUCUUACCCUCAAAAAGCUUAUAUUAAAUCGGCCAUAAGUCAAGGAGUUUCGAGCAAAAUUAAAUUAUCUCAACUACUCAGAAGUUGUUCAUCUCGAGCUGCUUCAGCUAAUAUAUCAGCCAUUCACAAGAUCAUGAACAUUGUUAAAUCCUUUCCAUUUGCCUCAAUUAAAUCCCCAUCUAUUUUACCUAGAAGCAUUUCAAGAAAACUAUCAAGAACAAGAUGUAACUAUAAAGAGAACGAUAACUAUAUUAUGAAUCAUGAAGUCACAGACACAAUCAAAGUCAAAGUUAAAGAUAUCUUACGGUGGAAAUCAUCUAGGUACCUAGUGCAAGAGAAAUCUACGUCGUUUGAUUAUAUCGCCACGGCCACCACUAGCACUGCCUCAAGUAGUCAGAGAUCCAGUUGGUGCGAUAGUGAUUUUACUGCUGAGGAUUUACAUUGUUACAGUGGUGAAAUAAAUAUUGAAGAAUGUGUUGGUGGUAGUUGUUUCAUGGGAGAGACAAGAGGAAUCAAAUUGGACCCCAAGGAACACAUAUGCUUGGAUGAGAUUGAGCAGCAAAGUCCAGUCUCAGUACUUGAGUCUCCAUUUCGUGAAGAUCACAGAAAAAAAUGCGUGCUCAUGCAAAGAAUAAUUCAAGAGUUUGAGAAGCUUGCAAAAGAAAACACUAGCUUUAAAGCGGAAAAUUAUGAAAAAGAAGAACAAGAACAAGAAAUGUAUGUAAUCAUUGAACAAAAAGCAAAGAAAAUCUUGAGCCAAUUGAAAGAAACUAGAAAUUUGUGCAUGAAAGAUUGUGAAGCAAAUUUGAAUGAUCAACUUUUGUUUGAUUUCUUUUUGCAUGAACUGAUUCAAAACAAUGUCGAUGAAAGUGAAAUGUUAAUGAGAGAAGCCAAAUCUUGGAUCAAUGGUGAGUACAAUGGAGAAUUUGAGUGGGAGAUGGAGGACAAAAGGGAAGCUUACAUAAGGGAUAUGCAAAGAGUAGGGAGGUGGAACAAUUUUGAAGAGGAGAAAGAAGAGUUAACCUCAGUUUUGGAAUUUGAGUUGUUUAACAAUUUGGUCCAUGAGGUCUUGAUAGAUCUUUUUGCUCUUAAUUGCUUGAAGAAUUAAGUGAAUAAGAGUAUGCUCACUUGUUAUUUUAAAAAAACAUAAAUUUUGAGCAGAAUCAAUCUGAUGAUCCCUUGGCUUUUCUGUCACAUGUAUGCAAAUCAACAUGUAUAGUAUUAGUGAUAUCGCUUGAUUGAUAUUAGGAUAUCUUUUGAUUGAUCUUUCAUAUACUAGUAUAUUAUUAGUAAUUUAGUUUCUAUUGUGAUUAGGAUCUUUAUUAGUUGACUUUUUCCUUAUUUGUUGUUAGCUCUCUUGUAGAAAUACACAUACAGAUUAAUAAAAUGAUAUACUUCUCUCCA